AUGAGUUCAAGUCAGAGAAUUAUCACCGACAACAACAAGUCCCCGCUCGUUCAGGUCCUGUCAUUAAUGUUUCUUGUCAUCGCAAUCCUUUCAUGUCUUGUAAGAACGGGGACCAAGCUUUUCAUGAUCAAGACCCUGAGGGUCGACGAUGUCCUUAUUAUUGUCGCAACUGUCCUUGCAGCUUGUCAGACAGCCACCAUCUUCAAUGCAUGUGAGCAUGGACUUGGCCAACAUUUCGAAGUUUUGAGUACCAACGACCGCAACGUCUUCUUCAAGAGUCAAUAUGCGACAAACACAAUGUUCAUCGCCUCCCUCCUCUGCUGCAAAUUAUCCGGCACAAUGAGUCUCCGCAUCAUGGCCCAGAAGAGCCAAAAAUGGAUCAUCAUCAUCUGUGAAGCCAUCGUCGGCAUCUGGGGCGCUACGGCACUCAUCGUCAACUUCUUUCAAUGCCAACCACCGACACCAUGGAUGUACGGCGAUAACGACAAAUGCAUCAACCUCAAGGCCUUUUGGACGUGCUACUCCACCGCCAAUAUCAUCACCGACAUCAUAAUCGUUGUCGUCAUGGCGGAGAACGUCCUCAAGAUCCAGACAUCCUGGUCCAAGAAGAUCCUCGUCAUGAGUGUUUUUGGCAGCAGAAUCUUUGUAACGCCCGCGAUUGCAGCGCAGAUCCAUUACUCCAACAAGGCAUUCGCUUCCGCCGAUCACUCGUUCGCGAUCUGGCCCGCCUCCAUCGCGAUCCAACUAGUGCAAUGUCUCGCAAUCCUUACCGUAUGCCUGCCCAACUUCAAACCCUUCCUCGACAGUCUGGAAUCGGGCCAGAUCCGCGUUGACGAUCUCCGACGGCAGGGUAAGUCGAGCAGCAACGGCUACCCAACAAACAAACCAGGCUAUGGAAAGUACAAGACCAAGACGGGCCAGAGCAACAAGUCGCACGCGUUUGUGUCUUCACACGAACACGGGGCUUCAAGAACACAGCGCAGCGAGAUUCACGAGAUGGAGGAUUUUGGCAAAAAGCCAAGACACGACCAUGAGGCGAGCUGGGAUGGCCAAAGCCGGUCAAGCCAUUCAAGUCAGAAGAUUCUGAUCCAUCAGACGUGGCAGGUAGACAUAGAGAGCACGCACGACGCGACACCUAGACAAACAUGA